AUGAAUAAUAAUACUACUACUCCACAACAUCAGCAACUCACUCCACAAACAAUACAAUUACCAAACUAUAAUAAUACCAAUAAUAAUAAUACAGCUUCCAUGCAAGCACAAAACAAUAAUUUGUCAUCUUCUAACCAACAACCAAUGCAACAACAACCACUUACUGUUACGAAUACUAGCUCAUCUGUGAUAGUGACGGAGACUGCAGAAGAAAAAACACCAAAGAAGAGGAAAACACCAAGCAAGCCUUCAUCAGCCACAAAAAAGCCUAAAGUUGAUUUGAGUAAAAAGCUCAAAUCUUUGGAAAAGGAUGAGCUUAUUCAAUUAAUUACUACACUUCCAGAGAAAUUCCCUUCAAAAUAUGAUACUCUUCAACAAGAUAUUCUAACUAUAUGUCCUGAUGCUGAUGUGGAUGGAGCUAUUCAAGAUUUGGAACAAUUAAGAAGAAAUGUUGAAAAAGCAUUCCCAAGAGCAAAAUAUGGAACUAACCGUGACGACUAUGCCUUCAAGAGGGUUAAACCAACGUUGACUUCAUUCAAAAAGAGUGUGACAGAAAAGACAACAGAAGUGAAAAAUGGUCAAAAUUGGAGUGUAAUGUGUAGAUAUUUAAACAAAUUGAUGGAAGUUGUGGAUGAUUUACCAGUUUUUGAUUCAACAAAGAAUAAUAGUAUCAGAGAUGCUCUGUUUAAGCAUUGUGCAACUAAUUAUACAGCAAUGCUUAAAGCUAGAGAUUGUAAUUUAACAAGUGAGGAAAUUGAAUCCAUUGACUCAACUCUUGAAGAAUAUGACAAGAAGAAGGAUGAGGUUUUCUCAACAGCUGUAGAAAAAUUGAAUGCUAGAAAAUCAAAAUAA